CUGAAAGGCCAACAGAGCAUGCUCGGACAAACGAGCUCAAAGAAAGAACCAGGAUUCUUGAAAUGGCAAUGGGUAAAAUCCUUGCUCGCCUGAUCCCUGACGACCCCCUGAUUCCUUUGUUGAACAGGGAUGCACAGCCAGCUGUUGUUGUUGCAACUCGAAACUCCCCCGCUCUGAGCAAUAUAAUAGUACCAACCAAACCAAGAGGAAGUGGGAAGUUAAAUAACGAGCCUAGCUCGUCCAAGCACAGUGAAGAACUGAUGAGAAAGAAUGCAGACCUUGAGAGGCAGCUACGGGACGUACAGAAAUCCAUUGACGAGCUGAAGAGUCCCAGGUCGCACCAACAGACCUUGGAUUUGGAUAAUGCGCCACUAAACCUAUCCAUCACAGUCAUCAUGAGAAUUCAAAAUGCCAAUGAUGCCAUGAUGUGCAAGGUGUUCCCGGCGACAUUGAAGUCAACGGCCAGAAGAUGGUAUCAUAAACUCCCCAGACACUCUAUAGACUCAUAUUCCCAGCUCGCCAAGCUGUUCUCCAACAAAUUUGCGAGCCAAAGGGAGAUUAAACGCACAGCAACCAAGCUGAUGCAAGUUCAUCAGAAAGAAGGGGAAUCUCUGAGGGACUACAUGCAACGAUUCAACAAGGCUACUUUAGACAUUGACAAUGUCCCCGAUACCAUCUGCUUGUCUGCCUUGCUGCAUGGUUUGAAGCCUGGCCGGUUUCUAGACGACCUGCUAGAGAAUCCACCUAAGUCGUGGAAUGAUGGUAAAGAGCCCAAGCAACCUGAAGGUAGAGACGAAAAGAAAAAACAGAAGGUUGGCGAGCAGAGAGGAAAACCGCCUUCCUAUCCUAAAUAUGACAACUACAUCCCCCUGAGCUCGUCAAGAUCCCAGAUAUUGGCGCAGAUACAGCAUUGGGUCAAGAGACCCCCUCCCCAAACGCAUGACUCUUCACGAGCUGACAGAAGCAAGUAUUGUGACUACCACCGUGGAUAUGGCCACAACACAGAAGACUGUCAAAGCCUGAAGGACAAGCUUGAAUUUUUAGCUCGCAAUGGAAAGUUGGAGGGCAAUCCAACCCCUUACCAGGCGGGUCAAUACUCAUCUGAGCCGAACAGAGCAUACAGGGGACGCCCAUUCAAUAGGCGCGGGCAAGGACAGAAAGCAUCCACAUAUAACCAAAAGGAUCACAGAGGGGUUGGAUAUAGUGGGAUACCCCCACCAUCUGGCACAAUCAACAUGAUCUCUGGUGGUAUGCACGCAGAGGGCCCAAGCGCCCGAGGCCGCAAGGCGUAUGCUCGCCAGGUGAUGACUGUUAAUAAGAACCGGCCUCUUAAGCGCCCGUUUGAAGAAGCAGAGUGGGAAAAUGCGCCAAUCACAUUUAGCCCGACAGACUAUAAGCGAGCAGAAGGAGAACCCGACGUUAUGAUGCCUCACGCAGAUCCUUUCGUGGCAACAGUCCAUAUAGGCAAUCAUAACGUCAACAAGGUCUUCAUUGAUACUGGAAGCUCACCAGAUAUGUUAUACUGGAGUUGCUUUCAAAAGAUGCAAUUGAAUCCAAGCUCGCUACAGAAAUAUGAAUGGCCCAUAUAUGGGUUUGAUAACCAACCCAUCCUGGUUGAGGGAGUUAUUACUCUUCCCAUAUAUGUGGGCUCCGAACCACGCUUCAGGAUUACGCUUGUUAGCUUUCUGGUCAUGAAGAUGGAAUCAGCUUUCAAUGCUAUACUGGGAAGAGCCACCAUCUGCGAGCUGAAGGCCAUCAUCUCACAGCCUCAUCUCUGCAUGAAGUUCCCAACUCCUCAAGGGGUAGGAGUACUUAAGCGGAACCAAAAGAUGGCCAGAGCCUGCUACCAAGACACUUUCAAGAAGGUUGAGCUCGCUGCAGCCCCGGCAGAACCGGUGGAAACGGUCGCUUUAAACCCUGAUGUGCCAGAAAGAACAGUUAAGAUCGGCACCAAACUCACAGAGGAAGAACGAGCAGAGCUUCUGGAGUUUUUGAGGGUUAAUCAAGAUGUGUUUGCGUGGAGUACGGAUGAAAUGCAGGGCAUUCCAGCAGAGUUGACAGUCUAUAAGCUUAGCACGGACCCCACCAAAAGGCCGGUGCUAGUAGAGCGAGCAGCAGGGCAUGAGCGAAUGAGCUUUCUUGAUGCUAGCUCGGGUUAUCACCAGGUUCAAUUGCUACUGGACAAUCAAGAGAAAACAGCUUUUUACGCCGGUGACGCAAUUUACUGCUAUGUCAUGAUGCCGUUUGGUCUGAAAAAUGCUGGUGCAACGUAUCAGAAGCUGGUGCAAAUCAUCUUUAAGCUCCAAAUCGACAGGAACAUAGAAGUAUAUGUGGAUGACAUGAUAGUCACCAGUGUGCGAGCUGAGGACCAUAUAGCUGACUUGAGUGAGACGUUUCAGAAUUUGCGCCGAGCCCAGAUGAAGUUGAAUCCCCUGAAGUGCACGUUCGCUAUAGAAUCAGGAAAAUUCCUAAGGUGCGUAGUAUCCAAGAAAAGAAUUGAAGUGAAUCCAGAGAAGGUUCAGGCCGUUCAGCAGAUGGAGCCUCCCAAGACCAUAAAGGAUGUGCAGCGCCUGACAGGUCGUGUAGCCGCGUUGCACAGGUUCAUAGCCAGAUCGGCAGAAAGGUGCCUCCCAUUCUUUAAAGCCCUGAGAGAGCCCAAGAACUUUCAGUGGACAGAUGAAUGUCAGCAGGUGUUUGACAAGCUUAAACAAUAUCUAGCAUCAGCACCUCUACUGUCCAAGCCUGUGGGAGGGGAGAGUUUAUACCUGUAUCUGGGGGUCACAGAGGAGGCCACAAGUUCGGUUUUACUAAGGGAAGAGAAUAAGCAUCAGAAGUUUAUCUGUUAUAAGCCGAAACUCUCUGGUCGGCUUAUCGGGUGGAGCGUCGAGCUGAGUGAGUAUGACCUUAAAUUUCAGCUGCGGACAACCAUAAAGGGCCAGGCUGUGGCAGACUUCCUUGUGGAAUGCAUCUCGGCCACUGUAGAAGAAAAGGCACCCGAGCACUCAGUAUGGGUCUUAUAUGUUGAUGGAGCUGCUAACAUUGAAGGAUUGGGUGUUGGGGCUGUGUUAGUGGGCCCAUAUGGCUUUAAAUCCGAGCAUGCACUGAGGUUUAAGUUUCAGACAACUAAUAAUGCUGCAGAAUAUGAAGCCCUCAUUUAUGGAUUGAAAUUGAAGUCAAGAUUUGUCUCUUUCCAAAUCGACAAAAUACCAAGAGCAGAUAACCACCAAGCUGACGAGCUGUCAAAAUUGGCCUCCUCGCAGGACCUUAACCCUCAUAGGUCAACAAUUGUGAAGGUACUUGAUGCUCCCAGCUACAUCGAUUUCACAGUCGAGUGUCAGCUGCUCAGCACAGAUCCCUCUUCACCGAGCUGGACUACCCCGCUCAUUGAUUAUCUACACAGUGGCGAGCUGCCUGAAGAUCCGUCCGCUGCAAAGUUGAUUAAACGCAGAGCGGCUCAUUUCACGUUGUUAGAUAAUCAGCUCUACAAACGAGCAGCCUCAAUACCCCUAUUACGCUGCCUCACUCCUUAUGAAGCUGAAUACGCCGUGAGGGAAGUUCACGAAGGAGUAUGUGGCACACACAUAGGUGGUAGAACUUCAGCUCAGAAACUCCUGAGGCAUGGGUAUUACUGGCCAACUAUGGUUGAGGAUGCACAGAAGUAUGGAGUCAACCUGCUCGGCCCUUUUGUUAAAGGCAAAGGAGGUUGCACUUACCUCGUUGUCGCGAUGGAUUACUUCACCAAAUGGAUAGAAGCUAAACCAUUGUCCACGACAACAGAAAGGAAAAUAGAAGAAUUCUUGUUCAAUUCGAUAUUGUGCAGGUUCGGCAUACCUAAACAGAUCAUCGCUGACAAUGGUCCCCAGUUCCAAGCCGCCGCAUUGAGGUCGUUCUGUAAUGACUAUGGCAUUGAGCUCGCCUUGACGUCUGUGUAUACUCCACAGUCCAAUGGACAAGCCGAGUCUGCCAAUAAAAUCGUCCUAAGAGGCCUCAAGACGCGUGUUUUGGCUGCACAUUCUAAUUGGGUUGACGAGCUUAAUAAAGUGCUUUGGUCAUGUCGCACUACACCAAGCUCAGCCACAGGCGAAACCCCAUUCAGCCUUACUUAUGGAGCUGAGGCCGUCAUCCCAGUAGAGGUCGGAUUGCCAUCUGAAAGAGUAGGUCGGCACAACGAUCCUAACAAUGAGCAGCUUUUGAGAGAGAACCUAGACCUCGUGGAAGAGGUCAAGGAGAUGUCUCGAAUAAGAAACAUGGCGCAUCAGAGUCGUGUUGCAAAAUUUUAUAAUAAAAGAGUUCGAGCUCGUCAAUUUCAAGUCGACGACCUGGUUCUACGCAAAGCUGGAUUGACCAAUGUUUAUUCACAUAUGGGCAAGCUCGCUCCUAAUUGGGAAGGACCUUAUAUGGUUAUUUCUAUUCAGCGACCUGGAUCUUACUAAUUGGCAGAUUUACAAGGUCGUCCAUUACCAUUCAUUUGGAACAUACAUAAUCUUAGAAAGUUUUACGGUUAACAUGUAUGUUAUUAAUGUUCAGGUCGUUACGGAUCAUUUGUAAACAGCGAUUUACAGAAAAUUCAAUACAGAAAUUUCAACAGAAAAGAUUCGAAUUUGUAUUUAAUGAAGGUUUAAUACCCUU